AUGACUGAAAAAGGCAAUACGGCAAUGCCACAAACACUACCACCAAAGAUAAAGGAUCCAGGUAAGUUCAUCAUCUCUUGUACCAUUGGUGGAGUAAAGAUCUUGCACGCCUUGUGUGAUAUAGGAUCUAGUAUCAAUGUAGUUCCACUGAAUAAGGUUAAAGGAUUGAAAUUAGAAGAGAUCAUAAUGAGUAAUAUGACUCUCACUUUGGUUGAUUCAUCUGUUACGUAUCCUCAUGGUAUCUUACAAGAUGUGUUACUACACGUCAAUGGUUUAGUUUUUCCUACAAACUUCGUGGUGGUUGACAUGAAGGGAGAUACAGGAGGUUCGGUUAUUCUCGGAUGCCCAUUCUUGGAAACCGGGAAGGCUUUAAUAGAUGUGGAAAUCAUUGAACUUAGUUUGAAGUUCAACAAGGAAAAUGUGAUGCUUAAUGUGUAUGAGCGGACACCGUAUUUGUCAGAUAGGAGCAUCGGUGCGAGAAAGUUGGACGGAAACGACGAAAAACUGAUAAAAGACCAAGAUUCUGCACUCAUGGUGUUUGUCAUAACGUGA